AUGAAUGACCCAGCCUUCAACCAGCGCGAAAAAGGUUUCGAGGAUGACUAUAUCCGUAGAAGAGAAGCUGAAAAAUUCGCACAAAAGAGAGGCGCUGCGGCACAACCACAGCAGCCCGGCUCGAAUCAGAGUGGGACGAGUCAGGGUGCUGCCACUACAGGUAAAGCUGCUGGGACUUCGGAUGCGACUGGGAAGUAA